UUGAUGUGUUAUUACUACGAUACGACAAACUAACUUCAGGUUUAGAUAACCGGUAGGCGCUCGAUGCGUCCGUAGGCUGUUUUGUUACGUUCGCAAUCAUAAUGGGUUCUACUAAAACUUUUGGCGCGUAUAUUUUAAAACCUAGUUUUCGUAUUUUGAGCUUGUUAGCACCUGUUAUUAGACGGAAUUAUUCAUCUAAACCGGCGGGUUUACUCAGCGAUGUUAACGUGUUAGAUCUUACGCGGGUAAUCGCCGGCCCAUUUUGCACUAUGACUCUAGGCGAUUUGGGUGCGAACGUAAUUAAAGUUGAGAGCUUAGAUGGUGAUGAAGCAAGGAAGUGGGGACCACCUUUUUUAAAAGGAAACAAGGAUUCCUUUUACUUUAUGGCUGUUAAUAGAAAUAAGAAAAGUAUUUGUGUUAAUUUCAAAUCUAAUGAGGGUAAAAACUUAAUGUAUGACUUGGCUAGGAAAUGUGAUGUAUUGGUGGAGAACUUUGUGCCUGGCAAGUUGGACCAGUUGGCUGUGGGCUAUGACAACUUGAGCAAAGUAAAUCCCAAGCUAAUAUACUGCGCAAUCACUGGUUUUGGUUCUACCGGGCCUUAUGCUAAGAAACCUGGAUAUGAUGUGAUAGCAGCUGCAAUGGGUGGACUACUUAAUACAACCGGAGAAAAGAAUGGUAACCCAGUGAAGCCUGGUGUUGCCAUCACUGAUAUCACAACUGGCUUGCAUGCAUUCGGAGCUAUAAUGACUGCUUUGUAUUAUCGGAAAAACACAGGCAAAGGACAAAAGAUUGAUUGUAAUCUGCUAUCAACACAAAUAUCAAGUAUGAUUAAUGUAGCUAACAUUUAUUUGAAUUGUGGGAUUGAGCCCAAACGUUGGGGAACAGCUCAUGCUAACAUCGUACCUUAUCAAGCAUUUAAAACCAAAGAUGGCGAAAUUGUUAUAGGAACUGGAUCUAAUGCGCAAUUUGCACAUCUCUGUAAACUUAUUAAUAAGGAAGAUUUAAUUAAUGAUGAGAGGUUUAUAGAUAAUUCUGUCCGAGUAAUCAAUAGAGAUGAAUUAAUUAAAAUUAUCAGCGAUGUUAUUGUUACGAAAACGAAGAAAGAAUGGGCGGUGAUAUUCAAAAAUGCAUCAUUCCCCAACGGACCAGUGAAUACUAUGAAGGAUGUGUUUGAAGAUGAGCAUGUGAAAGCUAUAGAGCUGGUGAAAGAACUACCUCAUCCAGAUGCAGGGUCUGUGAAGCUAGUUGGACCCCCAACUGUGUAUAGUGCGGGGGGCAACUGCGCUCGGACUGCACCCCCAAUUUUAGGACAACAUACAAGGGAUGUUUUAGCAAAUUUUCUCGGAUACCAUGAAGCUAAAAUUAAUGCUCUCUUUGAAGGAAAGGUCAUCAGAUAAAUUUUAUAAUCAUAUUUAUUUGAGAUAGCAAGAAGAUAAAUAUGACAUAUCUCUCUGAAGAGCAGAGUAAAUACUUGUAAUAAAUUUUUUUAUCAA